AAAAAACAUUCAUUCAUUGUUUUUUCUUUUUAACAUUUGUCUCCUACAAAGGAAGCCGUUGAAUUCAGCAAAUGAUACCUUCGUUGUCUUGUCUGCAUAUGCAUGUGUACUUUGGCAUUCAAUCUUUUGCAGCACAUUUUUCUGAAUACACAUCAUCACAGAUUAUUUUGCCACAGCUCGAAACAAAAAUGUAAUGGCUAGAGAACUGGUCAGCAAGAGAAAGAAAAACAAGGAAGACGACAUUACAAUGAACAAAUCCUUAAACAAUCGCAAUAGUCCAAUUAAAACAUACAGAAAUCCUCGUAGUUUAAUCCUCUUGCUCCUAACAGGGUUUUUGCUAUGUGGCAUCGUAAUUUUUUCGCUGGCUACUCAGCAUACACAGAUAGUAUCCUCUGCACGCUUCGAGGAUAGACUGAAAGAUUUUGACCUCAGUGCUCGUUUUCAUGCUUACAAGGUCUUGAACGAGUACCCACAUGAUCCGGAAGCUUUUACACAGGGCCUUGAGUAUGGCGGAAAUGGUAUGUUGUAUGAAUCAACUGGUCUAAAUGGACGGUCUUCAGUUCGUGAGGUGCACCUUCAAACUGGAGAGGUUAAGAGAUUACAUAGAAUGAAAUAUGCCGAUUUUGGAGAAGGAUUAACUCUCUUGAAUGAAAGGUUAUUGCAAUUGACUUGGCUGACCAAUGUUGGAUAUACAUAUGAUCAGUUCAAUUUCAGCGAAGUGAAAAGAUUUCAGCAUCCCAUGAAAGAUGGUUGGGGAUUGGCAAAUGAUGGAAAAAAUUUAUUUGGAAGCGAUGGAAGUUCAACUAUGUAUUAUUUUGAUCCAGUUACAUUCAGAGAAAAAUAUAGAGUAACUGUGAAAUACGAAGGAAUUGAAGUGUCUCAUUUGAAUGAACUUGAAUAUAUUAAUGGCGAGGUCUGGGCUAAUGUUUGGCAGUCUGAUUGUAUUGCAAGAAUAUCACCAAAAGAUGGAACUGUGCUUGGAUGGAUCCUGUUUCAUAAAUUAAGGAAAAGUUUAAUAUCAUCAGGUUACAAGAACCUGGAUGUUUUGAAUGGGAUUGCAUGGGAUAACAGAGAGGGCCGCUUAUUUGUCACUGGAAAGCUUUGGCCAAAACUUUACGAAGUACAAUUGUUCCCACUCAGGCCGCAAGAAAUUAAAAAUCUUGUAGGCAUUCGUCAACUCUGUCGAUUGAGAGAUUCAUCAUCAUGAUAGAUAGGUAACAGACUAAACAAAAGAAAGCAAUGCGUUUGUUACUACGCUGGAGGAAAUCUUUUGAAGCUGCAUAAGCUGGUUUUCUAUCUCGAAAUCUCGAAAGAUGUCCGAGUCAUGAGAUAACUGGUUUUGCUAACUUUUUUUCUGAAGUUAUAACUAUAUAAUCAGCCAAAUAAUGUAAAUUUCAAUUUAAAAAAAAUUCAAAAUGAAAUUAUUUAUUAGUUUCUUUAACAUCAAAGAGCCUUACAUCCUUCCCUAGAGAAGCAUCAUACAGAUGUGUAUGUGGUAUAUCUGGUAUAUCUGGUAUGUCCUCUCCUUAAGGAAAAAGUUGAGCCUACUUUGCUAUUUCGUGACUAAAAUUUGUCGAAGUCUCAUUUUAAUCAUGAAUUUUUUUUGUUAAAA